UGCGCGCUCCACAAACAUAGAUGAGUGUCAUGCGCAUAGAUUUAGAAACCCUAGAUAUGAUGGAAUCUGAGUAAACGUGACAUUUUCAGCUUCUUUCCUUAAUCACAAAAUCGGUUGUUAAAAUCGGAUUUAAAUAACAUUAUUUUAGCCAGGACUGUGAUUAUGAGCGGUGAUAUCGACACGAUUCUUGCGCAAGUUAACGUUGCACAAUCUAUAUGCACAGCUCUAUGGCGUUGCAGUCGUGCCUAGGAACUUCAUGAACGCGCCCGCUAGCGCCGCUGCGGAGAGAUCCUGUCAUUCACCAAAUGAUAUAAUCCGGGUGUCUGUGUUGACACCGAGUAGGAAGGGAUAUUUAAAAGCUUUAUGUGGCAGACUGCAUUCAUUGCAGUUGAACAGAUCUACAGUUCCUUCAUGCCCAUGUCAGGAAAAGAAAGCACAUAGCUGACUGUUGCAGGGGAAAGCUAACCAGAAAAGACCGCCAGGACGGAGACAGACGGAUGGGAUUCCCAGUUGCUAGCUAGAUGGAGAAACCGAGAGGGUGGAAGAGUGUUCGUGUUGUAAAUAAUUAAAUAUCCUUAUACUGGUGAAGAAGGUAAAAUGCAUCUACAUCAGGUGCUUACCGGAGCUGUUAAUCCCGGGGACAGUUGUUAUUCGGUCGGAAGCGUCAAUGACAUCCCUUUCACGGCCUAUGGAUCCGGCUGUGACAUAGUCAUCUUGGCCAGCGACUUUGAGUGUGUACAGAUCAUCCCUGGCGCUCAGAAUGGAAACAUCCAGGUGGGCUGUGUGGAGUGUUCCCAUCAGCUGGGCAGGAUUGCAGCCUCCUAUGGGAAUACCGUGUGCAUUUUUGAGCCAAUAAUCACAAACCCAAACAAACGGCAUAAGCAACUUAAUUACCAAUGGCAGAAAACCGGACAAUUCUUCCUCAAUGCUAUGACCUACAAUUUGGCAUGGGAUCCGCAAGGGAACCGGAUCCUGGCGGCCACAGAGAGGCUGCAGCUCUGGGCCCCUCCGUCCAGCGACACCCUGGUGGAGGAGGAGGACAGCCAGCUCGCCGACGACAAGCCCCACCUCAUCCUCAACGACUGGAAGUGUGUGUGGCAGUGCAAGACUGCCGCAGCUGUGCAUAUAACCAAAUGGUCUCCUGAUGGGGAGUAUUUUGCCACUGCCGGGAAGGAUGACUGUCUCCUGAAGGUGUGGUACCCCACCACCGGCUGGAAGUCAGCGGUGGUCCUCCCCGACCUGUCCGACAAGAGGGCCCCUACGGUCCACUUCUCCUUCGUCUACCUGGCUCACCCGCGCACCGUCACCGGCUUCUCCUGGAGGAAGACCAGCAAGUACAUGCCCAAGGGCUCUGUGUGUAACGUGCUGCUGACCUCCUGUGCGGAUGGGAUCUGCCGCGUGUGGUCGGAGACGCUGCUGCCGGAGGACAGCCUGCUGGGAGGGCAGAUCUCUGAGAACAGCACCAGCGUCAGCAGCAGCCUGCCCAACCUGGGCGGCCAGAAGGACAAGAUCCAGCAUGCCCUGGAGUCGAUCCACCACCUGAAGCACCUGCGGCGUGGGCGCAGGAGAUCCUCGGCCCUGGUGGCCCACACCGAGGUGCUGCCCAGCCAGAUGGGCUCUCACGAGGCGCACCGGCACAUCUCGCACCAUGCCAACGCCCUCUGCCACUUCCACAUCUCCGCCAGCAUCAACCCAAACACGGACAUUCCACAAGCGCUGGCCGGCUCCCUGUUCUCCAAUGACGAUGCCAACGGUGGCUUUGUGGUCCACUGGCUGAACAACAAAGACCUGAGCUUCACCACCUCCAUGGACCUGUUCAUGCAGCAGCUCAGGAAGCUGUCUGAGCAGCAGCUGGAGCACGGCGCCGAGGAGAUGGACCCCGAGGGCUCCCCCAUGAAGUUCGACUUUGAGCCAGAUGAGAUGUCUGAUAAGGCCUCGUCGGAGCACGAGGAGGGCGAGCAGGAGGGCAGCACCAAGGCCUCGUCGCCCGGCUCCAGCGGCAGCGUGCCCCUGCCCGCCAUGCUGCUGGACCGGAAGAUGGAGACCCUCACCCUGGAGUGGAACAAGAGCCCCGACAUGCUCUUCACCAUCCACCCGGUGGACGGCUCCUUCCUGGUGUGGCACGUCAAGUACCUGGACGAGUACAUCCCGGGGAUCUUCAGACAAGUCCAGGUGACAUUUGCCUCCCGCAUCCCCGUGGCUUUCCCGACCGGCGACGCCAACUCCCUGAGCAAGAACAUCAUGAUGUACGCGUGCACGCCCUUCGACGUCGACAGCGCCGAGAUGGAGCAGAAGCGCGCGGGCCAGAGCGUUCCCCGCAGCGCCUCGGCCUCCGCCAGUCUAGGCCCCUCCGCCAUGGCCGGCUCGCCGGGCCUCACGCUGUCCAUCAUCGGCCCGGCCGUCAUGAUGGUCUCCAAGCACGUGGACGGCUCGCUCAACCAGUGGGCCGUCACCUUCGCCGAGAAGUCGGCCUUCGCCAGCGUGCUCACCGUCUCGCACAAGUUCCGCUACUGCGGCCACCGCUUCCACCUCAACGGCCUGGCGUGCCACACGGUGCUGCCGCUGCUGCUCACCUCCUCGCACCACAACGCGCUGCACACGCCGCCCUCCAGCGCGGCCAGCUGGGGGGGCGAGGACGACGAGGGCCGCGUGUCCGGAGGGGGAGGAGGGAGGCCCCUGAAGGGGUUCCCGCGGAAGCAGCUGCGCAACGCGGCCACGCGCGCCUUCCACGACCCCAACGCCAUCUACAGCGAGCUGAUCCUGUGGCGCGUGGACCACAUCGGGCCUCUCUCCUGCACGGGCGGCGUGUCGGAGCUGGCGCGCAUCAACUCGCUGCACACCUCCGCCUUCUCCAACGUGGCGUGGCUGCCCACGCUGGUGCCCAGCUCCGUGCUCGGUACUUACUGUAACUCGGCCAGUGCCUGCUUUGUGGCAUCUGACGGCAAGAAUCUGAGGCUGUACCAGGCGGUGGUGGACGCACGGAAGCUUCUGGAUGAGCUGUCAGACCCCGAGACCUCUAAACUUGUUGGGGAAACGUUCAACAUCGUCAGUCAGCAGUCCACUGCCCGGCCAGGCUGCAUUAUUGAACUGGACGCAAUAACUAACCAGUGCGGCUCCAACACACAGCUACUCCACGUGUUUCAGGAGGACUUCAUUUUGGGAUACAAGCCUCACGAAGACAGCCCUGACUUAAACACUUUCCAAUCCUCCGAAGAAUACCAUGCUCCCCCAUUCUCCGAGAAGUUCUUCCUGGUGGUGAUCGAGAAGGACGACCAGGGCAACUCGUUUCUGAAAAUGUGGCAUCUGCAUCUGAAGUCUGUGCAGGCUUGUGUGGACGAGCCUGUGAUGCCGGACGUCUUCCAGAGCCAGCUGACCGUGCCACAGAUGCAGGCCAAUGCUGAUUCGUCCCCGGAGACGUCCCCCGGCCAGAGCCCGCUGCCCCGCUCCCUGUCCUCGGCCAACCUGCAGUCGGCCAGCAAGCUCAUCCUCAGCUCCCGCCUGGUCUACACCGGGCGCCUGGAGCUGCCCGCCGGCGUGGAGAUUAUCCGAGCCACGCCCUCCGCUGGCCACCUCAGCUCCUCCUCCAUCUACCCGGUGUGUCUGGCCCCCUACCUGAUCGUCACCAACUGCUCCGACGGGCGCGUGCGCUUCUGGCGCUGCGGCGUGGACCUGGACCUGGACGGCGCCGGCAGCGACGCCGAGGCGCCCCGCUCCUACCGCUGGGAGCCCUGGAGCCUCCUGAACGAGGCGGAGGACAACAACAGCGCCGUGGUCAUGCCGGGCCGGCCGGUGGCCGUCAGCUGCUCCUACACGGGCCGCCUGGCCGUCUCCUUCAAGCAGCCCAGCGGCGUGCCGCCCUCGCGCGACUUCUCCAUGCACGUGUCCAUCUACGAGUGCGAGUCCACCGGCGGCUCCGAGUGGGUGCUGGAGCAGACCAUCCACCUGGAGGACGUGGCGCGGCCCGCCGAGGCGCUGGACCCGCGCGUGAGCGUGGACAGCAACCUGUUCAUCUACAGCAAGUCGGACCUGUUCCUGCACAAGGACAGCCCCAACAUCAAGCACUUCGUGCACCUGGACUGGCUCUCCAAGGAGGACGGCUCGCACAUCCUGACGGUGGGCGUGGGCUCCAGCAUCCUCAUGUACGGCCGCAUCUCGGGCAUGGUGAACGAGCCGACCGGCAGCAAGGACGGCAUGGCCGUCAUCGCCCUGCCUCUAGGGGGAAGCAUCAAGCAGGGCAUCCGCUCGCGCUGGGUGCUGCUGCGCUCCGUGGACCUGGUCUCCUCCGUGGACGGCACGCCUUCGCUGCCCGUCUCGCUGUCGUGGGUGCGCGACGGCAUCCUGGUGGUGGGCAUGGACUGCGAGAUGCACGUGUACGCCCAGUGGCGGCAGGACAAGAAGCCCGGCGAGUCCGAGAGCGACAGCCUCUGCUCUCCGGAGGACAUCGCCGCAGGGGCCGGACGGGCGGUCUCCACGGCGACCGAGGGCCGCGCGCGCUCCAAGAGCGUGUUUGAGCAGAGCGCGGGCAUGGACGACAUAUUCCGCGCCCCUGCGGUGCUCCAGGACGGGGGUCUGUUCGAGGCGGCGCACUCGCUGUCCCCGACGCUGCCCCAGUACCACCCCACACAGCUGCUGGAGCUCAUGGACCUGGGCAAAGUGCGGCGCGCCAAAGCCAUCCUCUCCCACCUGGUGAAGUGCAUCGCUGGGGAGGUGGCCGUGGUGCGGGACGUGGAGGCGGGCGAGGGCGGGGGCAGGCGGCACCUGUCGCGCACCAUCAGCGUCAGCGGCAGCACGGCCAAGGACACCAUCGUGGCGGGGCGCGAGGGCGCGCGCGACUACACCGAGAUCAACUCCAUCCCGCCGCUGCCUCUCUACGCGCUCCUCUCGGCCGACCUGGACACCUCCUACAAGGCCGGGGAGGAGGCCAACAAGGGGGGCAAGGGAUCCGAGAGGGAGGCGCAGAAGUCCAGCGAGGAGCAGUACGCCGAUCUCUUCCAGGCGGCCGGCGUCUCCACCGACGACUAUGUCAGCUUCGCCGCGGAGAAGCCGGAGAGGAAGUCACGCGUGAUCAACCUGUCGCAGUACGGGCCCACGUACUUCGGGCCGGAGCAUGCCCAGGUGCUGUCCAACCAGCUGAUGCACUCCAGCCUGCCCGGCCUCACCCGCCUCGAGCAGAUGUUCCUGGUGGCGCUGGCUGACACCGUGGCCACCACCAGCUCCGAGGUGGGCACCUCCGACACGAAGUACACAGGUGGUGAGGCGUUGGAUGAGUGUGGGCUGCGGUAUCUUUUGGCCAUGAGGCUUCAUACCUGUCUGCUGACCUCCCUGCCUCCACUCUAUCGGAUGCAGCUGCAACACCAAGGCGUGUCCACCUGUCACUUUGCCUGGGCGUUCCACUCGGAGGCCGAGGAGGAGAUGCUGAACAUGAUCCCGGCCAUGCAGAGGGGCGACCCCCAGUGGUCGGAGCUCAGGGCCGUGGGCGUGGGCUGGUGGAUCCGCAACAUCAACACACUGCGCCGGAUGGUGGAGAAGGUGGGGAAAGCUGCAUUCCAGAGGAACAACGAUCCACUCGAUGCUGCUCUUUUCUAUCUUUGCAUGAAGAAGAAAGCGGUUUUGUGGGGCCUGUUCAGGUCUCAGCACGAGGAGAAGAUGACCCAGUUCUUCAGUCACAACUUCAGCGAGGACCGCUGGCGCAAGGCAGCCCUGAAGAACGCCUUCUCCCUGCUGGGCAAGCAGCGCUUUGAGCAGGCGGCCGCCUUCUUCCUGCUCGCCGGCUCUCUGAAAGACGCCAUCGAGGUGUGCUUGGAGAAGAUGGAGGACAUCCAGCUGGCCAUGAUCGUGGCGCGGCUGUACGAGGCCGACUACGAGAGCUCGUCCACGUGCCAGGGCGUCCUGUACGAGAAGGUGCUGGGCUGCAAGCGCGACGGCUCGGGCUUCUCCUGCAGGAAGCUGCACCCGGACCCCUUCCUGCGCAGCAUCGCGUUCUGGAUCAUGAAGGACUACACACGCGCCCUGGACACACUCCUGGAGCAGAUCCCCAAGGAGGACGACGACGAAAACCCCGAGGUCAUGGUGAAGUCGUGCAACCCCGUGGUGUUCAGCUUCUACAACUACCUGCGCGCGCACCCACUCAUCAUCCGCCGGCACUACGCCACGCCCGAGGGCGCGCUGGCACCCGUGGGCCUGACGGCGGAGAAGAGCAGCGCCGACGAGAUCAACCUGAUCGAGCGCAAGCUCUUCUUCACCACCGCCAACGCCCACUUCAAGGUGGGCUGCCCCGUGCUGGCGCUGGAGGUGCUCUCCAAGAUCCCCAAGGUCACCAGGAGGGCCGGCGGCUCCAUGAGCAAGGGCUCGUCCGCGGCCAACGUCAACGCAGCCGCCCAGCCGCAGGAGAACGGCGGCCGCGCCGGGGACCUCGCCGGGGACCUCGCCGGGGACCUGGCCUGGGGCAAUGCGACUGAGGCCUGGGGCUCGGGAACCCCGGCAGCCGACCCCUUUGGCAUGCUGGACUGGAGCCAGCCGAUGGUCAAGGCGGACGACGACGAUCUGAAGCUGGACUGGGACGACAACAAGGGCGAGGGCGAGGACGAUGAAGAUGAAGACGACGACGACGACGGAGGCCUAACGAUGAAGAAGCCCGAAGCGGCGGCAGAGGAAGAGAAGAAGGCGAGCAAGCCGUCCGGCGGCAGAGCCGGCAGCCUCCACCGCGAGGACUCGGCGGGCGAGGGCGAGGUGGACGUGAUCGCCGAGCAGCUCAAGUUCCGCGCCUGCCUGAAGAUCCUGAUGACAGAGCUGCGCACGCUGGCCACGGGCUACGAGGUGGACGGCGGCAAACUGCGCUUCCAGCUCUACAACUGGCUGGAGAAGGAGAUCGAGGCCAUGCACCUCAUCUGCAACUACAAGGCAGAGGGCCAGCAGGGCGGCGGCAGCAGCAGCGGUGGCACCGGCGGUGGCGGCACAGAGGCGGUGGAGAAGUGGGGCGAGGGCGGCCCCGAGGGCUCCCUGGACCUGGGCGAUGACGCGGGUCCCUACGAGCGCCACCAGGUGGAGAGGAGGCGGCUGCAGGCCAAGCAGCAUCACGCCGAGCGCCGGAAGGCCUGGCUGAGGAAGAACCAGGCGCUGCUGCGCAUCUUCCUCAGCUACUGCAGCCUGCACGGGGCCAAGGGCGGCGGAGUGACCUCCGUCAGGAUGGAGCUGCUCUUCCUGCUGCAGGAGUCCCAGCAGGAGACCACGGUGAAGCAGCUGCAGUCUCCGCUCCCUCUGCCCACCACGCUGCCCCUGCUGUCGGCCAGCAUCGCCCCCACCAAGACGGUCAUCUCCAACCCGGUGCUGCACCUCAACAACCACAUCCACGACAUCCUCUACACCAUCGUGCAGAUGGAGACUCCGCCACACCCCGACUGCAGCGACGACCGAGUGAAUACCCUGCAUACACUGGCUGCCUCUCUCUCUGCGUGCAUCUAUCAGGCCCUGUGUGACAGCCACAGCUACAGCAGCCAGACGGAGGCCAAUCAGUUCACAGGGAUGGUAUACCAGGGCCUGCUGCUUAGCGAGCGCCGGCGUCUCCGCACCGAGAGCAUCGAGGAGCACGCCACUCCGACCUCUGCCCCUGCACAGUGGCCAGGGGUCUCGUCCCUCAUCACCCUGCUGGUGUCGGCCCAGGGCGAGGAGCAGCCGCGGCUGAACGUCAUGCUGUGCGAGGCGGUGGUGGCGGUCUACCUCAGCCUGCUCAUCCACGGCAUGGGCACGCACUCCGGGAACGAGCUCUUCCGGCUGGCCGCGCACCCCCUGAACAACCGCAUGUGGGCCGCCAUCUUCGGCGGAGGGGCCAAGGUCGUCAUCAAGCCCAAGAGGCCUACUGAGAGCCCAGCUCUUCCCCCUCCCACCCCACCGGCCGAGGAUGUGGACCGGCACCGCCGCCGGUUCAACAUGCGUAUGCUGGUGCCAGGGCGCCCUGUGAAGGAGACGCCGGCCGCCCCGCCGCCCGUCCCAGUGGAGCGCCCCACCUACAAGGAGAAGUUCAUCCCCCCCGAGCUCAGCAUGUGGGACUACUUCGUGGCCAAACCCUUCCUGCCUCCCUCAGACAGCGGUGCCCUGUACGACUCGGACGAGAGCGGAGCGAGCGACAACGACGAUGACGAUGACGCCUUCCUCUCUGACACGCAGAUGACCGAGCACUCCGAUCCUAAUUCAUUCAGUUGGGCUCUCAUCCGAUUGGUCAUGGUCAAACUGGCCCUGCACAACGUCAAGACCUUCCUUCCCCUCACUGGGCUGGACUUCACAGACCUGCCGGUGGUGUCUCCCCUGUGCAACGCCGUGCUGAAGACCAUGGAGAACUGGGAGCAGCUCCUGCUGGACAAGAUGGACAGAUUCGACGGCCCUCCUCCCAACUACAUCAACACUUUCCCCACUGACCUGAGUGCAGGCGGAGGCCCAGCCAUCCUGCGUCACAAAGCCAUGCUGGAGGCAGACAACACCCCCUUCAAGGCAAAGAAUCACCUCUCCUUCCCCGUCCGCCGCCUGUGGCACUACCUGGUCAAACAGGACGUUCUGCAGGAUCCUCUGAUUCGCUACAUCUUCACCAAGAAGAGGAAGCAGAGGGAGUCUUUAGACGGCCAUGUGGACCACCUCACACAAAACUGCGUAGCGGGAGCCCGCGGUGCCAGCAAGGUGGAGGCUGACCUUGGCUAUCCAGGCGGGAAGGCAAAGAUCAUUCAUAAGGAAUCUGACAUCAUCAUGGCUUUUGCCAUAAACAAGGCCAACACCAAUGAGAUCGUCCUGGCCUCCACUCACGAUGUGCAGGAGGUGGACGUGUCCACACUGCUGGCUGCGCAGCCCUUCACCUGGAUCGGGGACGACUUUGACAAAGAGUCACGCAGCUCUGACGACGUGGACUACCGUUCCUCCCACACCAACAUCGCCCAGGCCAGCAGCAGCGCGCCCGCCUUCGCCCCUCCGCAGCAGAUCCCCGGCUCGGCCUCCAUGCCCUGGCUGGGCAGCGGGCAGACCAGCAUGGGUGCCAGCGUGAUAAUGAAAAGGAACCUGAAUAAUGUGAAGAGAAUGACAUCCCAUCCCAUAUAUCAGUAUUACAUGACUGGAGCUCAGGAUGGGAGUGUCCGCAUGUUCGAGUGGAAUCGGCCCCAGCAGCUCAUCUGCUUCAGGCAGGCAGGCAACGCCAGAGUCACCCGACUCUAUUUCAACUCCCAGGGCAACAAGUGUGGCGUUGCUGAUGGUGAGGGCUUCCUGAGUCUCUGGCAGGUCAACCAAACCUCAUCAAACCCCAAACCUUACUUGAGCUGGCAGUGCCACAGCAAGACCUGUGGGGACUUUGCUUUCAUCACUUCUUCCAGUCUCAUUGCCACAGCUGGCCAAUCCAAUGACAGCAGAAAUGUAUGCCUAUGGGACACCCUGAUUUCGCCCAGUAAUACCAUGGUGCAUGCCUUCCCUUGCCAUGACAACGGGGCCACUGUGCUGCAGUAUGCGCCCAAGCAGCAGCUCAUCAUCUCUGGGGGCCGCAAGGGCUUUGUGUGCAUCUUUGACAUCCGCCAGAGGCAGCUGCUGCACACCUUCCAGGCCCACGACUCCGCCAUCAAAGCCCUGGCCCUGGACUCCUCCGAGGACUUCUUCGUCACCGGCUCCGCCGAGGGGAACAUGAAGGUGUGGAAGAUGAAUGGUCAUGGCUUAAUGCACUCCUUCAGCACGGAGCACGCCAAGCAGUCCAUCUUCCGCAACAUCGGCGCCGGAGUGAUGCAAGUGGAGACCUGCCCAGGAAACCGCAUCUUCACCUGCGGUGCGGACGGUACCCUUAAGAUGCGAGUCCUCCCUGACCGCUACAACAUCCCAGCUAGUAUAUUCGAUAUCCUGUAAAUUGUAAACAGUGGCGCGGUAACCAAGAGGGAUUUCACAAAGCAAUGAAGCUUUUAAUGGCAGCAAACUGUACGUUUCCUUAGCUGUGGAUGGUAACAAAGUGAAUCGCGCUGCAAAAUAUAUUUUCCAAAGGCUGAAACACAUAAGCAAAUGUCACAUUUGCUUGAUUUAAAAAAAAAAAAAAAAGAAAUAGAUUUACUGUAAUUUUAAGAAGCCGACAUUGUUCCCUGAGAAUCUCUGAUAGAGUGUGUCUUUAGGAAAGCUAUGCAUGUACUGUACUCGUAAAAGCGGUGCAUACACAGGUUUAUUGAUAGUGCUCUGUAAAAGUGCUCAAAGCAAAAAUUUUGUGUGUAUCUGUCGUCAUUUUGUGCCCACGGCUGAAAACUCUUAGCAUCUUCCCAGCACUGUGGUUUCUAUAUUACGUCAGUGGUUUCCAGUGUGACUCGAGUUGUCGGAUCUGCGUUUAAUUUCCUUCUCGUCCUUCUGUUCCCAUUGGCUGCUCACACUGCACAGAUGUAUGGCACAUAGCCCUCGUGAGCCCGGGCCGCUAGCGCUCGGCUCACAGUGAAAAAGAAACCGUUAGCUCAUCUCUUUGCGCCGCUGCGGAUGCUGCCACUGAUGGCCAUCUCCGAGCGGCAGCUUCACUGCAAACAUUCCAUUGAAGCGCUGAAGUGAGGUCAUUGUGACUGUGAUUGAAAUGGUUCAUCUGUAUGUCUUGUUUUAUUGUUUUAUUUGUUUUUCUCCAGGCUGCACUGAAGUACUCAAUUUGACCAGAAACACGUUGUUUCAGUUUGUUCCGUUUUUGCACAAGAUAUUUUUUGUUCACUUGUUGUUUUUUUUGUAUUGUUUGCCCGUUCAUUUCAUUACAGGCUGCUGUAUUUAUAUUUGUACUUAUUGCCUUUACAUUAGGAAUGUGAGGUUUUAUGUUUAGCUAUCCAGGACACAGCACAGUACAGCUUAAGUUUCCGUUUUAUUUAUUGUUUUUGUUCUUCUUUUUUUUUUUGUCUUUUGUUUGUUUUGUUUUUUUAAUGUUUCAACCAUAAAUGAAUAUUUGCACUCAAAUCUGGAGACACUAUACAUUUAAGUUUAAUUUUAAGAAAUGAAAACGUUAUUCUAGAGGAAACUGUUACAUACAAAUGAAUGUCUGGCUUCAUUUGGCCAAGUAAAAAAAAAAAAAGGUUUAAAAUAGUUUUAAUAAAUAUAUAAAUAUAUAUAAAUGAACUACUACCAUAGCUUGUACAAACACAAAUGCUUUUAGUUUAUUUUUGGUCGUCAUACCAGCUGGACUAGUGUACUAGUACUUUGGUUAAAUGUAUGUGGUAUUUAUUAAAACAUAUUUGUGUUUCUGUCAGACCUUCUGGGCGCGAUGUCUACUGUAUGUGCUGAGGUGUUCAUCCAAUGGUCCUUUUACUUGCUGUCUGUUGUGUAUUUAUUGAAAGCAGAAUAUUCUCUGUGUGUGAGGGAACACUAGAAAAAAGGCACUCUUGAAAAUUCAUGAAGGAACAGGUAGUUUUAUCAUUACCUUUGUAAGUCCAAUAAAUUCUUUUUAUUUCAAGA